CAUUUAUCAAGUCAAUAUAAAAUCUACACUACAGUGAUUUCUUCGCAUCAGUUUCGUGAUCAGGGUAUUUGAUACAACUGUAAAAUCAUGAUAUGUUCAACAUGGAUCAACAGAUUCUAUUCGUUUGUUUUAAUCAUAAGUUCUACAGUUAUUUUUGUUCAAUCGGACGUGCCAAGACCUCGCGGUGUGUCUUUAUCUAAAGCAUCGCUGUAUUCGCCGACAAAAGAUUUUACGUGUUUCGACGGUACUGUUACUAUACCAUUUAGCUACGUAAAUGACGAUUAUUGUGACUGUUUCGACGGUAGCGAUGAACCUGGGACUUCUGCGUGUUUGAACGGCGUGUUCCAUUGUACAAAUGCCGGGCACAGAGCUCAGAACAUACCUAGCUCCCGAGUCAACGAUGGUGUCUGUGACUGCUGUGAUGGCACUGAUGAGUAUGCAUUCCCUAAUAUAUGUUCCAAUAUUUGUGAAGAACUCGGUAGGGAAGCCAGAGCAGAAGCUCAGAGGUUAGCUGAAAUUCAUAAAGCAGGUAGCCAUGUGAGAUUAGAAUUAAUUGAAAAGGGUAAUAAGAGACGAAAUGAGAUGGCAGAACAACUCUCACAACUUGAGAGUGAUAAGGCUGAAGCUGAAAAAAUCAAAUCUGAAAAGGAAGUGCUAAAAAAUGAAUUGGAAUCCAAAGAAAAUGAAGCACUUAAAGUUUAUAGAGAUGCAGAAGAAAAAGAGAGGCAGCUAAAGGCUGAAGAGGAAAAGGAGAAAUUGGUUAAAGAGGCUACAGAGCAUUUCAUUAGAUUUGAUGCAAAUAGUGAUGCUAUUCUUACAAUAGAUGAAAUAAAAGUAGUUAAUGCUUUUGAUAAAGAUAAGGAUGGGCAGGUUGAUGAAGAGGAAACAAAAUAUUUCUUUGGUGAAAAUGAAUCAGUUGAUCAAGAUACUUUCAUUUCUAUAACAUGGCCCCUACUUAAACCAUUGUUGAUGAUGGAACAGGGUAUGUUCCGUCCUGCUCAAGCUGAAGGGGAGGUGGAUCAAGACAUUGAAGCUGUUGACCCAAAAGAGGACCAUGAUGCUGAAGAUUUAGGAAUAGAAGAUGAUAGUCUUGAUAUAGAUCUUCCACAAGAUGACCAUGAGGAACAAGAAGUAGAGCAGGAACAACAUAAAACUUAUGAUGAUGACACUCAAAAAUUAGUUGAUGAUGCAACUGAAGCUCGUCGUCAGCUUACUGAUGCUGAACGUACAGUGAGGGAAAUAGAAUCAAACAUUAGAAACAUUAAAGAAAAUUUAGAAAAAGAUUAUGGUUUACUUCAAGAAUGGGCUACUUUAGAUGGCCAAUGUUUAGAAUAUGAAGACAAAGAGUAUAUUUAUAAGCUCUGUCUAUUCCAGAAGGUGACUCAAAAGUCAAAGAAUGGUGGUUCAGAAGUAUCUCUUGGUAGCUGGGGAGAAUGGGCUGGUAGUGAUAAUAAAUAUUCAGCAAUGAAAUACACAAAUGGCAUGGGCUGUUGGAAUGGACCCAAUAGAAUGACUAUAGUCAAUAUAAACUGUGGUCUAGAAACUAAACUUUUAUCUGUCACUGAACCAUUCCGCUGUGAAUAUAAAAUUGAACUUGAAACUCCAGCUGCAUGUGAUGACUCUAAUGCAACACAAAAUCAGUCUUCACAUGAUGAACUUUAAAUUAUUACAGAUUCACUUAUAUGUGAUGUGUUAAUGUGUAAGAUAUGUCAAAAUCAAUACCAGUAAGGUUUCUACACACAUUAUUAAGAAUAUAAUGUUGUGGUGGAGCUAGCAUUUUUAUACUACACUAUUUUUCAAGUAAAAGAAAUCCACAGUAGCUUAUGUAGAUAAUGUGGUAAUGAAAGGAAUUAAUUUAUUUAUAUAUCAACAACUUUUUGGAAAUUUAUUUUCUCUCUCUUUUACACAGCAAGUUAUCAUAUUUUGACAGUGAUUUUGAAGUGAAGGCUGAGGUGUAAUAGAUGUGGUUAGUAUAUUUUUUUCAUGCAUUCCUCAUAAUUGCAAGGCUGUUUAGUUGAAGUAGAAAUGUUAAUUAAUAUGAACAAAACAUUGUGAGUGAUAAAAAUAAAAGUUUUUGAUUUAAAAUUAUUGUAUUACUUACUAGCUUUGUCAAAGAUUUGCCUGUGUUCAGAGUUCAGAACAAUUUAUG